UACACUUGGUCAAACAACAUCUGAUGAUAAUGAUGAUGUAUAGCUCAAAUUGACGAUUGUUGAUAUUGCUAAUAAUGCCCUCACAAAGAUUGAAAAUUUGUCUCAUUUGCCUGCUUUGGAGGAAUUCUGGGCAAACAAUAAUCAAUUUGAUAAUGAGUGCUAUAAACAAGUGGAAGAAGAGCUGGGCAAGAUCAAGACACUGGAGACAGUCUAUCUUGAAGGAAACCCAAUGCAAUUGAAUAAUAAAGCAACCUAUCGUAAUAAGAUUAGGUUAGCUUUGCCUCAUAUUAAGCAGAUCGAUGCCACGUAAGUGUGUGUGUUCUAAGAGUAAUAAAACCAUACUAAUUUGAUGUAGUCCUGUUCGAUGAAAAAUGAGUGGCUUAUGAUUGGCCUGAUUCCCGACUCUCGCUGUCCCCCAAAUAUACGCUGCACACACCAAGAACUACACACCCACUUUUUUCUCUUUUUCCCUAUUUCCUGUUAUUUCUUCCCUUCUUUCUCUAAUAAAAAUAUGCUGGAAACGAAUAAACCCUUCAUGUUUGGUUCAAGCACUACGACAACAGCGACCUCGAACGGUACAAACACAUCACCCCAGUCAGCACAACCCCCACCAUCACCACCACCUCUUCCUCUUCCUCCUACAGCGACAACGACGACAGCUACAACAGCAACAACGACAACGACAACGACAACAACAACAACAUCACCACCACCUCCUUCACUACCACCAACAACGGUAGGUACGACCACCACUACAACAACAACAGCAGCGGCUACUAUGAAUACAACACCUGAAUUACCAAGUCCAAAGAGUGUCUUGUCAAGGCCCGUCAAUAGUUUUUAUUACAGAGAAGAAGAUAAAGAGCCUUACUUACCUGCAUAUCAAGGACAGCCAGUACGACUGAACUCUGCUUUUAGUCAUGGACCAGAAGACUAUGCAUAUAAACCCAAUAGCAGCGGUAGUAGUGCAAGCAAUUACACACAGCUGUUACCAAUGUCACAUCAUUAUUCUCCACCGUCUGCCAAUGUGAUGAAACACAUGAAAGAAGAAUCCCCCAUUUACUCACUCAAGAACAAUUACAAUACCUUUGACGUAGACGAGAUAGAUAACUGGUUUGAUACACAGUAUGACGGAGAAUUAGGAGAUAACAGAAAAGCUAAAAGACGAAAAGAAAUGACACUAAAAAUGGAGAAACUGAAUGCUGAAUUUCUAGAAAAGAAGGAUAGAUUAUAUAAUGAGAAAUUGUCAGCUAUUGAUAAAGAAUUGAAGGAAGCACGUAAAGAUGUACAUGCAACGUAUUUGGAUGGACUAAGGGAUUUAGAAAAUAUGAGACGAAAAAUGAUUGAUGAUGGUCAACUAUUUAGAGAAUAUCAAAAGCAAGUGACAGACCAUCAAUUUCAAUUAGAAAUAUACCAAGCAGAAGAAGAAUACUUGCUUGAAACGCAAGAAAUAAGAGAAAAGUUAUUUAGUGUAUUGGAAGAAAAGAGACGUAAAUUGAAAGAAGAUAAAGAUAAUUGUGAUCUAGCUUAUGAUGUCGUACUGGACUCACAGUCAAGAUUACAUAAACGUAAUUUGCGUAAAAGAGGAACAGAGAAUAUGGAGAAUAAAGCCAACAAGAGAAAACAAAUGAAUGGCCCGGCACUUGUCUUCAAGUUGAAAGAAGAGGAUAUCAAUUCUGAUAUGCAAGCAAUACGAAACGCGUUACGGUCAUUUUCAUCAUCCAUCACAUCGUCAUCUUCACCUCUACCGAAAAGAAAUCAUACAAUCAAUAGCAGCAAUAACAACAAUAGUAGCAGUAGCAGUAAUAGUAAUAGUAGUAGUAGUAAUAAUAAUGCUAGUAGUAUCACCAGUAGUAGCCAUAGUAAUAACAACAAUAAUAAAAAGAAAUGAUUCGUUUCUAUUUAUUGAGUUGAAACAAAAAAUUGUGAUUGGACAGUUUAAGUUUAGUGAAUUUUAUGCACUGUAAGCAAUGGAAAGUGUAAAGUGUGUGUGUGUAACAGCUACUCAACAAUUGAAAUGAAAAAGAAAAAGAAAAAAGGGCUUUAAUGAAAAAAAGAAACCUAUUGUAUUU